GGGUAUGCCUGAAGGGCCGUCAGUUAUCUUAUAUAUUGCUCCAACUCCGGCUCUGAGAGUUUGGUUGGUGAAUGAUUGUCAACAAGGGAAGAUAUGGCGAAAUGGAAGGGAGUACAAUAAAGCUUGGCUCCCUCCGGAGGAAUUUCGUUCUUCUCGCCAGACAGAGCAGCAGGAGCGAUUCUGGAUUCGGGAUCCUCAGAGUGCCUUACAUACUCUUGCCUCUUCUGAGGGCAACGGUUGAGGCCAGAUUCGGUAAAGUUUUGUGGGAUCCUCCUCUUGAGCGAACGAGAGGUUUCAAGAAUCUUAUAAGUAAACGGUACGAUUUGGAGCCUGCGGCUAGAGAUCGGGUCACGUCGAAGCUUCUUCUGCAUUCUCAAUAUGGCCCCGUGGAGGUCCCUGUUGUUACACAAGACACGCCAUGCUGUGCAGUCCACAAGUGGUAUGGCCACCCUUCUUUUCACGGGACAUGUUUGCAGGGUAUUUCACAGCAGCAAUUUGAGGCCUUCCUGAAUGGCGAGAGGAUACAGCAUAAGGGCAAGACUAUUCAACGCCAAGGAAGUCGAUUAUUGACUUUGACAGAAGGGGCACCUCUUCGAUCACAGGCUUCACCACCCCCCGUUGAAUCUGUUCCAUCCAGAGGUGAUACUACCGGAGCGACUGACGUUGGCCACCCCGAGGCAGCGAUGGACGUCACUGAGCGGGGCGAGGUGUCUAAAGCUGCUUUGCCCGAGGUGGAGAUGCAGGCUGUUGAGCGACUUGCUCGUUCAGCAGCUUCUCAAACUCAGGUGAUUGAAAAAGGGCCUGUCCGACGACUUGAUGUUACUAGGGUGGAGCGACAGGAUCGUUCUUGCCCAUAUGGUCGGGACGGUGCAAUGCAGAGAACGCCCCCUGUGCAGGGGGCGUCUAAGCCAUCUGCUAGCGUGACGCAGCUGGCUCAAGUUGGUCAUCGACUGAAGGACGUGGAUGCGGCUGUCUCAGAUCCUUUUGUUGUUUUUCCGUUGGUACUUUCCUGGACAGACUCAGACUUGAAGUUGCUUACGUUAUUUCAAAGCGAGGACCGACUGGCCAUCCCUUUUGUUGCCUUCAAACAUGAUCCGGUCAUCCAACAGGUAGAUCAGGAGGUUCUGAAGUGGAUGGGAUCUUCUUAUCGUCUGCGGCAUUGGCCUAAAAUUCCUUGGAUAAAGUUGCCAAAAACCCUGGCGGAUGGCGUAGAGCGCUCGGUGGUUUUCGUUCUCUAUGAGGCUCAGGCGUGUGGUCAGGUGUCUGUUCCGUUGCCAAACAUGAGGUGGAUACCUCUGGCAUUGCUGUCUACACCGGAUGGAGCCAUUGCCCGUACUGUGAGGCUUCAAGGCAUUUGGUCGGUGGAGAUAUUGCAUGAGUUGAGUGUGCAAUUCCCGCCUGACCUGGGACUUUUUUCGACUGCUUUCGCGGGACUUUCUACACAACCGUGGUUGGAUGUGCUGGUCCCGUUGCUUGGUUUGAACGUGGCGUGGUUCUCCUCGCUGAUCUUUGGGACUUCCAAUCUUGGAACUGGAAGCCUCUGGAGCAGCUGCGUGUGCCCCUUCGGGGACUUCGACAUGUUGAUAGGAACUUACAUUGCAUAAUUGAAGCCGUGCCUCCUGCCUUGGUGGAAUGCAUUGCUCAGAGAGGUGUGUUGCCAGUUCCUACAGAGGCGUGGGUUUGUCGAAGGUUGGCCCGGGGAGACCCGUUUUGCAAGAUUUGCGCCUGUGGAUAUCGGGUAGAAGAUUUGACCCACCUUUGGGUAACUUGCCCACUGAUAGACGCUUUCUGGACCUGGUGGAGAGAAGUUGGCCCCCUUGUUGCGCCUCGGCUCUGGGUGGCCGAUGGCAUACUUCUGGGUUCUCUUAUUGCUGACGUUUCUCCAUCCUUGUGAUAUGUGUUUGAGGCCACGCGGGGCGCUUUAUUAUGGACCAUUUGGAAAGCGCGGAAUGAAGCUAUUUGGCAUGG